GAUACUCCUUACCGACCCGUUAAUCGAUCCAUGCAUAACUAUUAAGUUCAGGCAGGGUAUUCCUACUGUCUCCCUGCCUGCAGAGCGUUGGCUGCUAAAAGAACUUGGCUCUUCCACCGCACCAUGGCAAUGAUAGAAAAGAAGAGAAAAUCCAGAGACGACAAUAAGCAGAAAACAAAUAAAAAGUGGAAAACCAAAUCAGUCAACAACAAAAAAACAGAUACGAGAAAUAAGAAGAGAACCGGUCCUCGCUUGCCGAACGCGCUGCGAAGAGAGCUCGACCGCAUAAACCCUAAAGAAGACGAAGAUAUCCUCUCCGACGAGGAGGUAAACGAUGAUGUUUACGAGUAUGAGGAAGGAUUGGCUGAGGAGGAAUCAAAGAAAAACCGCCGUUACGAUCCUGUUGAGAACUACGAGUACCAGUUGCCCAAGGAAUUUAAGGAUGAAAAUGUGCAAUCGGAUGAUGAUGACGACGACGACCUGGACAACGAUUACAGGACUAAGGGUUCUAAUGUUAAGAGAAAAAAGUUAGACCGACUUGAUGAUGAUGAGGUGGAUGAGGAAGAUGAUGAAAGGCAUUUGAGGAUGUUGCAAGGAAUUACUGGAAUGCCAACUCAGGCUUUUGAUGGCAAGAAGAAGAAGAAUGUUGUUAUAUCUGAGGCAUAUCCUGAAUCUGAAUACAAUCCUAGUCGUGAUGUUCUAGAUGGUGAUGGCCGGAUAUCUAUUGAAGAUCUUCUUGAAAGUCUUCAUGGAACAUCUGAGUAUAGCCAACUUCGCAAGAGAACUCAUCAGAUGGAGAAAAAGUCUGCUCCUCUACAUGCUCCACUUCCUAAGGGAGUUCGAGACAAGUUGGGGAGGCAAGAAGCCUAUCAACUAGCAAAGAAAGAUAUUACAAAGUGGGAGCCCUUAGUUAAAAGGAAUAGGGAGGCUCCCACUAUUAUUUUUGACAGGGAUAUAGAUUUGGGAUUUUCAACUGUGGGAGCAAUAGCUUCUGAAUUUGAGCCUAGAACAGAGUUUGAGAAGAAGAUGGCUUCAUUAGUUUAUGAUGACAAGGUUAUGGAGGCUCACAAAGAAGAUGGUGCCAGACUUCUGGAGUUAAAUAAGAUAUCAGCUGAAGAUAUUAAAGACAAAUGGAAUCAUAUUGCUAAAAUGCGCAGCCUUCUUUUCCGUCAUGAAGUGAAGAUGAAACGUGUAAAAAAAAUAAAAUCCAAAAUUUAUCGUCGUCUAUUGAAGAAAGAUAGACUAAAAGCAUCAUCUGAUGGACUGUAUUUGGACCCAGAAGAGGCUAAGGAACAAGCUAUGAAGCAAGAGAGACAACGAGCAGAGGAACGCAUGACAUUGAAGCACAAAAAUCGUUCAAAGUGGGCAAGACGUAUUCUAGAGCGUGGUUUGAGUGUCCAAGAUGAUGGUACCAGAGAAGCUAUAUCUGAACAACUCCAACAACAUGCUCUUUUGACGAGGAAAAUGAAAUCUAUGAAGAACAGUAGCAGCGAUGACAGCAGUGAUGAAGAUGAUGAAGAUUCUGGUGGUUCAGACCAUGAUGAGCAGUUAAAAAUUUUAUCAAAAGGAAAAGAGAAGACAGUGAAAAUAUUAGAAGAAGAUGAUGAAGUUCCAGAUUCAGGAGUGCUGUCUUUACCUUUUAUGGUACGGGGACUGAAAAAGAGAAAGGAAGAAGCUGUUGAAGAAGCUAAACUGGCUCUUCAAGAGUAUGAAUCGUCAAUAAAGCAACUGGAAGAUACAGGUGGGACUGAAAAUACAAAAGUGGGUACGGUGAGUGGUAGAAGAGUGUUUGGUGCACCUAAAAUGCAGGGUCCAGAACCUAAUCAUAAAAUCAGAUCAGAAAAUAUUAACGGUAAUAGUGAUAGCGAAAAUGAAUUUGGAAACGUAGAAGAUGAUAUUGGCUUGAGCAGGAAAAAUGAUGUGCAGAAGGAUGUUAACUUCAGUUCUGUUAAGCUUAGUGAGGAUUCUGAAGCUCGAAGAGAUUCAACCCAUAAGAAUUUGGAUAUGGUGGAAGACAAAGGUCCCAAGACAACAUAUGAAGUAGCCAUAUUUGCAUCUGGCAAUUGGAAAAAGAUGAAAGGCCAUAAAGAAGUGGACACCAAUAUGAAAAGGUCCCCAAAGCUUGCUGCACCUGUCAUGCAAAGUGAAGACAAAGAGGAAGGGAGUGAGGAAAGUGAUAUGGAUGGUGAAGGGCAGAUGGUUGAUGGAACUUUAUCUUCAGGCCCUAAAUCAUCUUAUCGACUUCCUUCUCAAGAAGAGCUUAUUCGUGAAGCUUUUGCUGGGGAUGACGUGGUAGAAGAGUUUACAAAGGAUAAAGAGGAACUUCUGAAUGAGGAAAAUCCUGAACCUGAAAAGCCCAUCUUACUCCCUGGUUGGGGUCAGUGGACUCAUGUACAGAGGAAGAAAGGUGUCCCUUCCUGGAUGCAGGAAGAGCAUGAAAUUGCAAAGAAAAAACGAGAAGAGGCUCUUAAGAAAAGGAAGGAUGCUCAUCUUAAACAUGUCAUUAUCUCAGAGAAAUUGGAUAAAAAGGCUGAAAAAUUGCAUACAAAAACAUUGCCAUAUCCUUUCACGUCUAAGGAUGUUUUCGAGCAGAGCAUGCGCAUGCCUAUUGGACCUGAAUCCAAUCCUGUAACAGCAGUUGGAGCUCUUAAUCGGCCUGAAGUGGUGAAAAAGACAGGGCUGAUUAUUAAACCAAUUAGAUAUGAAGACGUGGAUCCAUAUGAAAGAGAAGAGCACAAAACAGGUGUACAGAAGCAGAAGCAGAAGCAGAAGCCAAGAACAAGGAGUCAGCAUGGAAUAAAGCCAGUGGUGACUAAAUCAUGAGAGUUCAAACUAAUGUAUGGCACCUUCAAUUUAUUAUAUCUUCUUUUCUCCCCUUUGGAGUUUAGAAAACCCAGAUUUUUGCCUUUCUGGGAAGCAUAAUGCUAUGUUAUUAAUUAUUGUCGAGUAUGCUCGAGGUAGAGGUCUUGUUGAGAAUUAUGAAGACUUGACCGGUGAGGCGAGUUAGCUGUAAUCUGUUUACUAUCGAGCAAAUGCCCGCGUGGCCCAAUAUCAUCUUAUUCCUGUUUAUGCUCA